AUGCCUUCACCAGUUACAGAAAAACAAGUAAUUGCUCAGUCAAACUCUAGCGUAUUUCUAUACAUUCCAAACCUUAUUGGCUAUACGCGAAUUAUUCUGGCGUCCUUGUCAUUAUAUUAUAUGCCUUGGCACCCCAAAGUCUGUGUCAGCCUGUAUUGUAUAUCAUGUCUAUUAGAUGCAGUUGACGGAAAUGCUGCUAGAUAUUUCAAUCAAUGUAGUAAAUUCGGUGCUGUAUUAGAUAUGGUGACAGAUAGAUGUACAACAACCUGUCUUUUAUGUUUUCUCUCUCUUCAGUACCCUCAAUGGACCAUUCUCUUUCAAUUCCUCAUUUCUCUUGACUUCAGUUCACACUAUAUGCACAUGUACAGGCAAGUCUUUUUUUUUAUAGUCUUAUACGAAUUGAGGAUUAAAUAUCAUUCUAGCUCAAUGAUUUCGGGAUCUUCAAGCCAUAAGAAGAUUAGUGAAGAACAAAGCUGGUAUCUUCGUAUUUACUACACGAACAAUAUUGUUUUGUUUAUCAUGUGUGCUGGUAAUGAACUGUUUUUUGUUGCACUCUAUGUCUUGAAAUUCAUUGGAUCUUUGAACAUGUUUUGGUACAUUGCCUUGUCAGUGACAGGUGUUAUCUGUUUUGCCAAGCAGUUUAUUAAUAUUGUGCAAAUUGUGAAUGCCAGUAAAACCUUGGCCCAUAUCGAUCAAGAAGAUAAGGAAAAAGAGUUGGCUGGAAAGAACAAUUAGCCAUGUAUAUUUUCUUUUAUGUGUAGUCAUUAAGCAUCUGACAAAAUUCUUGUACAAAAAAAUAAAAAAAAAUAUAUAGUUACAUCUUUGCGAUCAUUAUCAACUCAGAUGAACUCUUUGCUUUCUAAGCACAGGGCUUAGACAUCACAAAAAAACGAAGGAAAGUAAUAGCUUAUUAUGAAUGAAUGUAGACAUCUUCAAACUAAAAAGAAAAAGAGACCUUGUUGAGAUAAUUUUUUUUAGUUUUACUAUCUCGUCAUCACAUACAAAGCGUGUAUCAUUCUAGCC